UUUCGUCCUUAUCUGAUCCAUCCUUCAGAGUAUGUGUGUGUGUGUAGGGGGGGGUGUUAAUCAGGAGUCUAAAAUAAAAUAUCUUUGACGGCAGGAAUGCAGCAACUUCCUGUGCAGCAGCUUCCUGUGUACUCUGUCUUCCUCACUCACAGUUUCACCAUCCCACCUGCAGGUCUGCAGGUCUUCAGGUCUGCCCUCCUGUCGCCUCGGCUCCUCUACAUGUUUGCUCAGGGUUUCUGGCUCAAAUGGACCUCGGUUCCGCUCAGCUGCUCUCUGUCGCCUGGUUCUUGGAGAGCGUCCUGGCCCUGGUGUGUUUUGCAGUGACGGUGACACACACGGAGCUGAAGCUGUGUGGAGAAGAUGAGGCUGUGUGCGUCAACGACCUCAGAGACUGUGGACCACGCCCACCGUCAUCCCUGCAGCAGAACCUGAACAUGUCCUGUUACUACCAGGUGUCAGCAGACCGGAUCAGGUCCAUGACCUGUGAGUGGAGUGAGGAGCUGAGCACUCACAGCUCUGAAGUCUCUCUGAUCUUCAGCAGUAAGUACAAAGUCUCUUCGUGUCGGGGUAUCUUCAACCCACUGGCCGUCCUCAACGUCACGGCUAGGAUAAAGAACUCUUUGACCGGGACAGAGAUCUGGUCUCAGCCUCAGACUGUGUCUCUAGAAGCUAAACCAUUUCCACCUGUGGUAACUGUGCUGGCCUCCACCCACGACUCGCUUGUUGUAUCCUGGAGAAGCAGCAGUGAUGGGCGCUGUCAGCUUCGUCACAGACCCAACAACACGCCGGCGUGGACGCAGGUUCCAGAUUCAGUCUCGGUCCGUUCGGGUCAGAACCUGAGCUUCAGCAUCACAGGGCUCUUACCUUUCACAGAGUACAGAUGUGCCGUGGCCUGCAGGGGGCACUCCGGCCUCUGGAGUGACUGGAGCUCUGAGGUCAGAGGACAGACAAAGGAUAAAGCAGAACCGUCCAGCCCGACAGAGAUGUGUUACCGUGUGGAGGAAACCACGUCUGGAGAAGCUCUCCACCUUCAUCUGAUUUGGAAGGCUGCAAACCCUCAAAAGGGCGAAGGUCGUGUUUUGUGGUACGAGCUGAACGUGGAGCCCGGCGGACAAACUCACAACAUCACAGGGACAACAGCACUCCUGGUGGUAGAAGAGGGGAACUACAGCGUCGCUGUUCGUGGCUUCAACACAGCCGGUUCUGGUCCAACAACACAUCUGCAGAUAGACACACGGGGAUGGAUCUCUCCCCCCUCUGUGAGGAACCUGUGGGUGAUCAGCCAUUAUCCAGAGAACCGCACGCUUCAGGUGGAGUGGAGGAUCAGCGCCGCAGUGAGCCAUGUCAUUGUCCGGCUCCACUCUGACGCGAGUCCGUCCUCUUGUCAAUGGUUCCGAGUCCACGGGUCCACCACCUCUGCGGGUCUGCCAGACGUUGAAGCUGAUAAGUCGUACCAGGUCACCGUGUUUCCCGUCCAGAACCAGCAGUGUGGACCGGCCCAGUCUCUGAACGCCAGUCUGCAGCAUGGAGCACUAAUGGAGCCGGUUGGCCUCAAAGUCCUCAGAGUGACUAAAGCAGAGGUAACCGUCCAGUGGGCGUGGCACGCCAAGUCUGGACCAAUCAGAGUGGGCAGAUACGUGGCGGCGCUGCGAGGAGACUCUCACAGCAGAGUUUGGAGAUUAUUUCCAGAUGAGAACCAGCACACUUUUGUCAACCUGACCCCCAACACCGAGUACACUCUCCUGCUGCUGGCGGACAGCGUUCCUGUGAGAUUAGUGGCCGUGAAAACAGAUUUCAGUCAGGGGCCGGACGUGGUGGCGGUCACGACUCCUCUGCUGCUUGCGGUCGCUCUCUUGAUCCUGUCCGUUCUGUCCAGGACUGUGUUCAGGUCCCUCUGCCUCCCGCCGGUGUCGAGCCCUCGAGGAAGCACGGCGGGCCGUUGGCUGAUGAACUCGGACCGGCAGAAGUUCAUUAAGAACCUGAUGGACAUCGCAGACUUCCAGGUGACAGAUGUUCUUGCAGAGAAGACUCUGUUUUUUGAUGAUCUGAGCGUUCCUCGACCGUCGGAGGAAGACCUGGAUGAAGGCUUCUCUCCAGCGCCGGUCAGCAGCUGCGUCGUCCAGCUGCCGGUGCUCUCGCUGGACUCGCUGUUUGCUACGCAGAUCACAGAGACUGCAGAGCAUCUCCUUCAGCGUGAAGAUGAUCGCCGCCGAUCUCAGGAAGUCAAAGAGGUUUGCCUGUUUGGUGAACUCCUGUUUGAUGGAUUCUGCGGUGACCUGAAGACGGACAUUCUGGGGAGUGAUGGCAAAGGUCGACAGAGCUGCUGUCCUCUCAUCUGUGAGACGGAGUAUCUGUCCAACAGCUGCUUCCAGGUUGAAGCAGAAGAUCAGAGCGACCAGAGCGAGAGCUCAGAGGAGCACGUGGAGACACAUGCACAAACUAGAACCGUGUGAGGCUGGUUUCCAGAAGAAGUCAGGAAGAUGAACUGAAAACAAAUGUGAAGUAGCUUCUAGAUCAGGGGUCUCAAACUGGCGGCCCGUGGGCCAUUUGCGGCCCCCAAGUUGAUAUUUUGCCAUCCCCGCCCUAAUAUGAAAGUUCAAUGUCUACUA